CAGUAAUUGUACCUUUUCUCUGCCGACAACAGUGGUUAUAUUUUUGAAAGACCAAAGAUGUUUCGUCCAACCAUUGUGUGAUUUAAAUACUUUUAGUUAAUAAUACCACAAUGAAAGUAGUUUCUAUAGGUAUUUAAAAACAUUUAAGUGAGAUAGAGUGGACUCAAAGUUAUAUUUCGAAAAUUCAAAUCGUCGCCAUGGAAAAGUUUUAUCGUAACGGUAUGGCGGUUCAGCUUCCGGUUUUAAAUAAGUCAUCAUUUUUCAGGUAUCGAAGAAGGCUGGAAAGAGAACGUUACCAUACGACAUCAAUAGAUUACAACACUCUUAACAAUAUGGCGAAUACAAGUACGUCAUCGGCAUCUCCAUCAUCCACAUCCGGAGGAACCGGAAACAAACUAGCGCAAGAAAUACAAGAUGAAUUCCUCGUCUGCAAAAUAUGUCUGGAGGUAUAUAAAAAUCCAAAAUGUUUGGACUGUCUUCAUACAUUUUGUGAGGCUUGUAUUGAUAACCAUGUCAUGUCCGAGUGUACGUACAAAAAGUAUAGCGAUUACAGGGAGUUUACCUGUCCACUUUGUAGGAAAAGGACCCAAUUACCGCUAGGUGGUGUGAAGAAGCUUCCAGAUAAUUUCCUUGUUUCCGGUCUUUCAGAAGUUGUUGGACGACAAAAACCUUCAAAAUUCCCCUUCUGCGAUAUUUGCAAAUUAGUCAAUCAUAAACACAGAGAAGCAACAUCAAAAUGUUUAGAUUGUAGUAAAUUGUUAUGCAAGUCUUGCGUAGAGUUACAUAAGGAAACAAAAGUUACAAAGGGUCAUAGCAUUUUUGAUGUAGAAAUUGAAAAAGAUAUCGAAUGCAAAGAGCAUUCAGAAGAAGUAGUUCGAUUUUAUUGUGAGCCAUGUGAAACAUGCAUUUGCGUUCUCUGCACUUUCAACGAGCACAAAGAUCAUGAAAUAACCCAAUUUUCGGAGGCAGUGAUUAAGUAUAAGGAGACGAUUCAAGAGUUGUUAGACAAUUGUAAAUCAAAGAUCAAUGGAUACGACGUUCAACUUGUAGCAUUAUCAAAAUGUGAUACGGUCAUUAAAGCAGCCGAACAAAGUAUACGCGACUCUGCCAUUCAGUACAUCAGCGACAUCAGGGCAAAGGAAAAACAACUGAUUGAUGAUCUUCACGAGACUUAUGGUAGUGACGUUAUGGACUAUGUUUCGAAGCGUACUGAUAUGCAGAUCAACGUCGAUAGUUUAAAAAGUACUUGUAAUUUGACCGAACUCGUUCUGAAAGGUAAAGAUAUUGAACUGCUUUUGUUGAAAAAGCAAGUCCAGGAGAAACUCUCUUCUUUAUCUGAUAUUGAGUUAAGGGAUCUACCACCCACUGUUAAUAAACAAAUUGCAUUCGUCCCUGGAGUUAUGAAUUUUGGAGAACUUUGCGAAAGCGAUAAACCUGUGGGGACCGUUAAUACACCAAGACCGAUUGCAUCUAACGCACCACAAAAUACAAUGCCACCUAAAUUUACUACAUCAAUUAGUUCACAAACUGAUGAACCUCCACCAAAAGAAGAACCUUCUACUACGGCUGCUUAUGUACAGACCGAUCAAGGACCUGGAAAUGGUAGUGAUAAGUCAGUGGGAACAGAUAUUGUUGAAGUCAUGGAAAAAGCAGUAAAUACAAGAUCACGAAGCCUGCAAGGAUCAACAUCACAAAUGCAACGUGUUGCGUCGGAAGAAAACGGAAGCGGAAAUGACAUCAUUGCAGAUGGAGCAGCACAGCGACGCCAGCGGAGAAGACGGGAACGACCAAAAAUAGAGACUUGAUUAAAAGCUCAGCGAUGGAGUACAUGUAUAUUAGUUAGACUGUUGGUGAAGAUAAGUGAUAGAGCUUUGGAUGAAGUAUAUAUACAUGUUGCCAUGACAAUUCGUUUCAUUAUUAGUAACCAUGACUACAAGACGCCUAUCUCAGAUUACUUACAAACCGUUUGAUAUUUUUCAGUCGAAAGAAGAGUCAAAAAGUUCCUGUGUUAUUGCAUAAACCAAGAAUUAUCUACUACAGACGUAAGAUUCGUCUUGGAGGGAACGUUUCGGAUGAUCAUUACAAGUAUAUUCAGCACAUAAAAGUUAUAUUGAGGAGAAAGCAUAUGAAAUAUGGACGGAAUAAUAUCAGAUGAUGACAAUAUUGAUUCUGAAUUUGUAGGAAUGCAAAAUGCCUUGAAAUGGAUAUUUAAGGAUCUAAUAUUCUGCUUUCGUUGCUAAAGAUGACACAUUUAACUUUACGACUCACUUUCAUCCCUCCUCAAACUGUUAUCGUUAUUACGCACAUGUAUGCGUCUAUCACUAUAAAAAUGUUAUGCUGUGGCUGUAAUGUUAUCAGUGGAUGUAGAAAUUUUUCAACUUAGUUAGAAUCUGCUUCAAACAGCGUAUUGUGAUAUUGUGACAUUACAUAUAUAGUAUUAUUUAUUUAUUUAUUUAGACAUAUCCGCGUAUCGACUAGAUUCUUACAUUAGAAUGAAUGAGAAGUUGUGAUAGUUGACAUGCAGUUCCGGUAAUAUGGGACCAUUCUGUAUGCCAAGGAAUCUUGGGUAAAAAAUAUGGCGGAAUAUUUAUUAUAUCCAACAUUCAUAACCAUGUAAAUAUAAUCAUACGCCAAAAUUAAAUUAAACUGUAGUUGAAUUU